UGGAGAAGACAAAGGAGGCGGCUUUCCAUGCACCUGCAUCAGUGCAGGAGCAAUCCCAUGCCACUGAAAUGUCUACAAAUGAAGCAAUUUUGAUAUGAAUUACACCACCUGGUGCCAGAUUGUUUCCAACUGAUGGGACGCACGCCAAUCUAUGUGGUUGGGUUCUACCUAAAUGGUUGAUUCAUUCACAUUCCUGAGAGAUUAUGGGCAGAAUCCAAUGAAGUAAUUCAGUUAGCGCAAGGAUUUCUGGUUGUGCAGUGAAACUUUCCCUCAUGUGCCCUCCCCAAAUCUACUUGGGAGAUCUGCAGACCACAGGGGGGCAUGGAGAGAGAGGGGGUACGGUAAUUUCUGUUACACAGCCAGCAGCCUUUGUGCUAAUGGCACUACUUCGUUAGAUAUAACCUUACAUUAUUUACACUGAAAAGAAUAGCUAUGGUUCAUUUAAAGUGUAACUGGAUUCUGUCUAGGAGACCUUACUGUUUACUUCCACAGUAAAGUAUAAGUCUGUGGGUGGGUCACCCUUAAUAGAAAACAGAAAAAUGAAUUAAUUAGCACCCAUUUCAAGAUUUUCUGGAAGCAGUUGUGUGGGAUGCAACAGAUUGAUGAAGGAAAAGAGUUAUUGGCCUCAUUUGCAUUAUCAGGCAAGUGCUAAGCAGGUUAGGUCGCUGAAUAGAAGCAAGCCCUGUUGUAUGGGGUAGAUAUAACCAGAUUAGGAUAUAUAGUGUCUUUAGGAAAGUUUCACAGGAGAGGAGUGGGCUAGAAGUAAAUGUCAAACGAGAGGGCUGUAAUCAUUUCAAGCCAAGUUCCUUAGGCAGCAUAAUACUGAUUGGUGACUUCUUCACUUUGGAAUUGCUACUGUUUGUAUAUCACUAGUAUUAACAACAAACAGUUGAAAUACAUUGUACCAACUGUAUGCCAUCUGAGAUAGUGUGUGUGUAUAUAAAGGCACAGAAGGGAAGCAUCCUGCCAGGCCCCAAAGCAAGCUGCUAAACAGAUUUAAAAAGAGAAAAAAGAAAAACAUUCAAACUCUUCCUAAAACAAUGAACUGAGAAAUACCAUUAGAACCACAUAGGAAUUUUAGCUGGACCCCCUUUUGUCAAUCGGUGCUGAAAGUGGUGGAAGUAAUGAGAAUGGAGGUACUGUAAUUCCCACUGAAUUUGUGGAUGAAGUUCCAAGUGUCUAUGAAUCUCAGAUUGAGGCGGGGGGGGGGCUGUCCCCAUACCUUUGAAAGGAGUUAAACUGGCUUUGCAGAGACUCAAGUUGUCAAAAUGCUGUGUGACAGAUGGUUAGAUUUAUUUUUUACAGACAAUUUAGGUAGAUGUCUGAAGUUGAGAAUUUCCUGCCUCCAUGCAGUUUGAACUGGGGGUACCUUGUAGCUCUGUUUCUACUAAGGAUUCAGUUGACUUUGUCAUAUCAUAAAGCCUAAAGACAAACAAGAAGGCAUGCAACCUUCACUGAAUGUUUGCCUGUUUGGAGCCACAUGACAUAUUCCCAUACAGCGUUGUGUGAUGUUAGCCUGAUGGCGACUUUUCUGCUGCAAAACAAGGAAGGGGGGCAAUUUGCAGUGGAUCAGAGGAAAUGUUUAAUCCCCCCCCCCCCCCGUGAAGGAGUAAAUGUGCAGAGGGGCAGACCAUGUCUGUGCUUUCAAUGCCGGUGUAAUGCUGACUCACACCCUUUCAUGGAUGAUGUGAACAGCGUGCAUUACUGAAGCAGUUUGCACAUGUCCUUGUAUAAAGUAGGGAGCACCAUGCAGAAAGAACCAAGAGAGGAACGUGGAUCAAUAGCUUGUUCUCAAAAGAUAAGGCACACACUUUGUGCUAGCAGUCUUCUCCAGCAUUAAGUGUAGAGCUAACAGGGAAAUGUGUUGCAUAUCCAGGCAAAUAUGUACCUAGCUGAGUCAGUCAGGUGAUGGCGGGUUGUUUUGGGUUUUUUUAAAAUAAAAAUACGGUUCUGAGCAAAGAAACGGGGAGCUGGAGUAUACAACCAUCCCUGCAGCACCAAUUUUUAAAAAAAUAAUAUUUAUUAAAUUUUCCAUUUUAACAAUCCAAUAAAAACCCCAUUAUCUGCAGCACCAAUUGGACUAGGCCUUGCUGAAAGGAUUCACAUUACAAGCCCAGUCCAAAUGCAUAGCGAUAAAUGGGAAUGUUUGAUGUUGGGAAUGAAGCAAAUGCAAAACCACUCUUGCUGUGUUGCUGGUUCCAUUUGGGCUUUUAACAAGAUGUAGAAGGAAGGCAGUUGCUGGAGGUGAAAAUUGAGAACCACACAAGGUAAUAAUGCCUGAGGGAAUGGUUCGUUGGCAUUAGACGGCUGCGCAGAAAGUAUCCAGCUAAAGGUGCUGUCAGUAGGCCGACUGGCUUCCUUUUGUGCCUUUUAUCACGGAUGGUUAGGCUUUGUGGCAUCGAAUUUACAGGGAUUAGUAGGUCAUUAAGCCGGCACGGGCAGAUCAAAAUAAAAGCGGUAAAAAAUAAUGCAAGCCUCAGAAAAGGGAAUAGACAACUCUGGUCUCAACAUCUUGUACUGAGUGGGUUGGAGGUUCUUAACUGUGUAUGUGUGUGUGUGUGUGUGAAAUGUCUGUGUUGCUCUCAGAGAGUUAAGCUCUGCUGCCAGGAAUUUGCAGUUUCUCCCUAGGCCGCGGGGGAUGGAAGAGGGCGGGAGAGCGGGCAGGCUAUGCAACAAGUGGAGAAUUCUCUAUUGGCCUCUGGAAUGCAUAAGCUGAGCAAGGGAUUCUGUGGACACCCAGCCUUAUGUGAGCUGUGCCUUGGCUCUCGCUGUCCCUUCUGGGGCAGCCGAACCGGGCGAUGGCUUCAUCAGAGCGACUCCCUGGGAUGUCCCACCACCGCGACCUCUGCCGCCGCACCGUUCAUCUGCUGAGGAAGAUGCGCUCAGAUGUCAGUAGCCUCCUGGAGUCCUACGUUGAGAAACAAGGGCUGGACAAAAACUUCAACCUGGACUCGAUUGAUGGCGUGCCAACAGCUGGCACUGAACAGUGGAGCGAGAUUUCAGAUGCCGAGCGCCUAGGAGACAACCUGAAAGCUUACUGGGCAUUUCAGAUAUUACUGGAUGAAAUCCUGGAAGAGCAGAGGUCCAACUUGAGCCCGGACGACACAGCUUUCCAUGAGUCUAUCCAGUCUGUUGUGCUCCAGGUCUCGGGUCUCGCUUACCAACUGGAGGAACUGAUGGCAAUGCUGGAGCACAAUGUACCAGCCAAAGAGUUGGGAAGUGCCAGAGAUGCUGGUGGAAAGAGCUCAUUUGAGAAGAAAAUGAGGGGCAUGAAAGUACUGCAGGAGCUUGCCCAAUGGACUGUCCGGUCUGUCCGGGACCUGCACCAUAUCUCCAAGUCUGUUCAGACAGGCGCCAUCCCACGUUCAAGUCGCCGCCUAGCUCAAGCCCAGAAGAAAUGAGGCUGCUCUUCUCUGUCGAGGGUCCUUCCUUUCCAAAGGCCUGUACCUCCCUCUCAGCUGUGGUGUAUUGGAUUGAUACAGUACGGUCAGAGUGAGCCCUCUGAUGAGAGAGUAGGAGUGACUAGCGCUUUUCAGAUGUUAGUAUUUAUUUCCUUUUGAGAAAUCCUCAAAUUCAAGCCGCAUACCAACAUUAAUUUUGGUGUGGAUUCACACAACCUUUGACGUGGAGACUUCAAGCACCACAUGCCAGUUGUGGUUGACUUGCACACACUUUGUUCCGAGGAUUCAGGGUGGCUUGCAGUAUCAGUAGCUUUAGAGAAACCUCGGAAUUUAAUCUGGGGAAGGUCAGCCAACAGGUAUACAGGAUGAACCAGAGAUUUCAGCCUCUCCUCUUUUCCCUUCCCACCACGUUCUCAACCCUGCAGUCUUAUUUGCUGUUACUGUUUCUUUGAAGUUCUCAUCAAAAUCCUUUUUGACUUCCACGCACUGGGAGGGGGAGAAAACUUUUACUUGAGUUUGCCUUGACAGUGAGUCAUCUGAAUCCGCCCCGCUGAAUUUCCCUUCGGCAAAUUCAACUAAAGUGAUUGUGUAAGCUGGAGACUACAGUAGAAAAAGUGAAUUUGCAAAAUUAGCUCCCCACCCCCUUUUUGCAAAAUUAGCUCCCCACCCCCUUUUUGCAAAAUUAGCUCCCCACCCCCUUUCAGCUCACAGAAUCCUCCCCUGGUAUAAAGAUUCUUCCAUUCAGGGGAGGGACACAGUACAUGUAGGGUUGUAUGGACCCUUUGAAGUCCAGUUUGUCCCAGUUCACCCUGGGGGUUCUAAAGUGGAUCACAAUCAGACCCAGGUCAUGAUCUGCCUGGAUCAGAUCAGGUUAAGUCUGCUUUGGAAGCCGGCUUCUGCGGAUUCCUCCCUCCAGCCCUGGAUACACAAAGGCUAACAGUUGGGGAAAGAAUAUUUGUUGGCCUGGAGAUCCGACAAAGCUCCGCCACUUGGAGUAAAUAAAGAUGAAAACGUGAUGUCCAACAAAUGGAAGGAAUUAAAGCCACCCCUUUCAAGUUCUCCGUUUUACCAUUACCAGAAGAAGUUGUAUAAUCCACUUUCCAGGAAUGCUUCCUUCUGCUUAUGAACUGGAACAGGAUGGAGGGAUAAGAGCUCCUGCAAGCUCCUUUUUUUUUUUUUAAGUGCCAGGCAAACUAAUGCAAAUUCAUUGCUAAUUCAUUCACUUCAAUGAGAGGAUAUUAUGGAAGUGGUGUUUUUGUGUCUGAAUAGGGUUCUAAAAUUGCCUGUGCCCCUGGUGCAUUCUUUGAAAAGUCUCACAGCAGGCUCCAGAAGACCCUGUUGCUUCCCAUGGAAGGCAGGCUGUCGACAGAGAAUGCUGCUUGUGCGCCAGAAAACUCCUGCACUGAACCUGCUUUGCUAAUGUUAUGCGCAGGGACAAGUGCUUCAUUUACGCAGGAAAGGGGCCCAUUUAAUAGUUCUAGGCUCACUGACACUGAAACUAUAUUUAACCAUGACGUUGAAAGACUGUAUACAAAAGCAGUUUAGUAUUUUCUGGAAAUGGCUGCUUUCAAACCAAAGCAGUUGGCAUUUUGUUUUUGCUAAACUAACCGGUUAGGUUUAUUACAUAAGGCUGCAAUCCUCAGUAGACAGAGGAGUAAGCGAUGUUGAACAUAUUAAGCUUUACUUCUCAGUAAAUUUGGAAAUGCACAGCUUGGCAAUGAGCUAUGUGGCUGCAAUACUUAGGAGCAAAUCCUACUGAACUCCAUAGGAAUUAUUUCUGAGUAAACAUGGAUAGGAUUGUGGAGCUAGCCACUUAAAUGACCUGCUGUUUUUUUCUCUGGGGAAGGUGCAAAAUCUCUUUUUUUAAAAUGGAUUUAAUAUAUAAAUGUGUACAGAUUGGCUAAUCAUUCAUGUGGAUCCUUUAAUCUAUGCCAACUGCAAUUUAAAAUGAGCUAAAGGAGAGGCGGGGUUUACUUUUUAAUCUGCAUUGGUUCUAUGUUCUUGGAGCAACUGGCAUGAAUGAAUUAACCCUUAGGGUGACUUCUCUGAAUGUGUGUGUGUGUGAGAGAGAAAGGGGGUGGGGAGACUUCAGAGUGUCAAAAAAUCCCAACAGGAAAUGUUAAAUAUUCGGUCCAGUGUGCCUAAUUCAGAAGAACGAAACUAAAAGUGACUAGAAUGAGUUGUUGUUUGGGUCGAAGACUCUUUUAAUUGGUGGGGAAGAGUUUCUGCCAGAUGAUCUAGGGCAAUUAUAAAAGAACAGAGUGUUCGUUUACUGCACAAAGGAGAUGGUAAAGGGACGGGUUUUUCAAUCCAUCUCUCAAAUUAAAACCGGUUUGGUGAUGGAGAGGGUCUGCGUUACAUGGCUUGCACUAGUGUCCUGGGAUUCUGCACCAAAUUAAUCCAAAUUUUGCUCCCUGAUUAAAAAGAUGCAGGAUUGUAAGUCCUAUUCAGAGUAGAUCCAUUUAAAUUAAUGAAGAUAAGUUGGCCGUGUCUGUUAACUUUAGUGAGUCUACUCCAAGUGAGACUGGCAUUGACUGCCACUCAUAGAAACAACUCAUAUAUUUAACCAGCUUAACUGAUAGGAGUCUUUUGUUGAAUCUGGAGUACUUUGGUGACAGAAGGAAAGAGACAAAUAAGGGGAAGAGCAACAGAAUGUCUAUGGGAAGGGGAACGUGACUAGAGUCCUUUGCAUUUUUUCUAGGGAAUGAUCACCAUUGAAAUCAGUAGGAUUUACUUCUGUUUAAACAUACUCAGGAUUGGGCUGGGAAGGUUAUGAAGGAGAGCCAGGUCACACAGAAGCUCAUUCUCUGAAUAAAGGUAAAGGUAAAGGGACCCCUGACCAUUAGGUCCAGUCGUGACCGACUCUGGGGUUGCGGCGCUCAUCUCGCUUUAUUGGCCGA